CAGAGACCCCCCGACCCCCGUACUUGGGUUGCUGGAGCUGCAAGGGCUCGCGUCCUCCGUGGCCACGGAAGUCUCUUUCUCCAAUUCCGGAUGUGCGAAGGCCAGUCGGAGCGAGGAAUUCAUUUCCUGCGCGUGCGCAGUGGCUAAAACAACGGUGGCCGACGAGGCUCUUUCCCCUGCUACCUUUCCAAGAUGUGCUGAGACGCAGUACCACAUCCUAGCUGCCUUGCAACGAAGGGAUAUCGACGCCUGACGCUACCUGCUGGCUCAAGUGACGCUCGGCCGGUAUCCUUUCUCCAUAAGCAGGGUUAUCGGGUUUCACCGCUUCGCCACUCAGGUUCCCUUUUCACAUGUCAGAGUCGGGGCACAGCCAACCUGGGCUGUACGAACGGCGCCGUCGCUGGAACCGUGAGAAGGAGAUGGGUCAUCAAAGCCUGUCUGGGCCGGGCCGGGAUCGCGACUAUGUCCCCUGGGACAGGGACAGGGACCGACGGGACCCUAUGGAUGAGCCGGUGGGAACCGUGAUGCAGAAGACACCCAUCAUCCUAGCCAAGCCGCCUGCAGAGAGGUCCAAGGGGGCCCCAACCCCCACUCCCACUCCAGCCCCAGCCGCUGCCCCUGCCCUCGAGAAGCCCAUUGUGCUGAUGAAGCCACGGGAGGAAGGCAAAGGCCCCGCAGGAGCAGCAGAGGCGUCAGCUCAGCCCCCUGCAGCUGUCGCCAAGGUGGAGAAGGAGGGCCAGCGUCCCACGCAGCCUGUCUAUCAGAUCCAGAACAGAGGCAUGGGCUCCACGGCCUCCAGCGGCAUCAUGGAUCCUGUGGUUGGCCAGGCCAAGCUGCUGGCCCCGGAGAAGAUGAAGCACAGCAUCAAACUGGUGGACGACCAAAUGAACUGGUGUGACAGCGCCAUUGAGUACCUCCUGGACCAAACAGAUGUGCUGGUGGUUGGAGUGCUGGGACUGCAGGGUACUGGGAAAUCCAUGGUGAUGUCACUGCUGUCAGCCAAUCAGCCUGAAGAAGAUCAGAGGACCUAUGUGUUCCGCACUCAGAGCCAAGAGAUCAAGGAGCGUGGGGGAAACCAGACCAGUGGCAUUGACUUCUUCAUCACUCAGGAGCGUAUCAUCUUCCUUGACACUCAGCCCAUUCUCAGCCCCUCCAUCCUAGAUCACCUGAUCAACAAUGACCGCAAGCUGCCUCCGGAGUAUAAUCUACCCCACACCUAUGUUGAGAUGCAGUCCCUGCAGAUCGCUGCGUUCCUCUUCACCGUCUGCCAUGUGGUCAUUGUGGUGCAAGACUGGUUCACUGAUCUAAGCUUGUACAGGUUCCUUCAGACGGCCGAGAUGGUAAAACCCUCCACUCCAUCCCCUAGUCAUGAAUCCAGUGGCUCCUCUGGCUCAGACGAGGGCACAGAAUACUACCCACACAUUGUUUUUCUCCAGAACAAAGCCAAGAGGGAGAACUUCUGCCCCCGGAACCUGAAGCAGAUGCACCUUGUUAUUGACAAAAUCAUGAUGCACUCCCAUCUGAAAUACAAAGGUACCCUUUCCAUGUUGGAAUGUAACAUAUUCCCCGGCCUGCCCCAGAGUUACCUGGACUCAGAGGUCAACCUCUUCUUACUGCCCUUUAUGGAUACAGACGCAGAUGACGCUCUGCCCAGAGCAACCCCGGGAGGUGCCCCCCUCUUCUCCCUCCUGCCUGGGUACAAAGGACACCCCAGCUUCCAGUCUCUGAUGGCCAAGCUUCGGAGCCAGAUUAUGUCUAUGUCCCGGCCUCAACUUUCCCACACCAUCCUGACUGAAAAGAACUGGUUCCACUAUGCGGCACGCAUCUGGGAUGGUGUGAAGAAGUCCUCUGCUCUCUCGGAGUACAGCCGCCUGCUGGCGUGAGCGUGAAGUUCUCACACUGGAGCUGCCAAGGGGGUAGCCAGGCUCCCCCGCCCCCCGAGCUGGGUGAGCCAGGGUGUCUGUGCCCUCGUCCAGAGGCACAAAGCGAUGUGUGUAUCCCAGAGAGGGGAGCUGUAGGGGGGCACCAGCCCUGCGGAGGUGCCAGGCCAGGUUUCGGGAGCAAAAAUGCAGAAUUGGUGGUGUCCCUACUGGGCCACCAUACCGCCCACUGCCCAGCAUGGAUCUUACCCUUUUGUCUUUUAAGGGUCUGAUUUCCACCUACUUACCUAGAUGGGAAAGAGCUCUUCUUGACUUCUGUGCUACGCGGUCUUCCAGUGUUGCAAAGCCCUUCAGCCAGGGUGAAAGUUAAGGCCACCAUCAAUCUCUUACAAACCUUAUGGGGGUGGAUGGACUCCUCUGCAGAUGCAGUGCUGGGUCUGGGCAAAGAUCAAUGGGGGAGUUGACUUGGCUGCUUUGAGUAUUUUCAGACUUGAUUCCUAAUUCUUUAGUGUGUUGAGGGAAGUGUACUCCACCCCAUCUCUCUCUCUCUCUCCUUGCUCAAAUCUGUGUCCCUUUCCUUGAUCCACUCCCCCACCCCACCCUGCUUUCUUGUUCCUCCGUUGCAAAGUGGAUCAUUCAUUCCCCCUUUGCAUGAAUAUACUAUUCUUGUUUAAUAAACUGUUCAAGCUGC